AUGGUUUCUGUGAAGAAAGCAAAGCUAGGGAAAGCUACCGCCGACAAAGACAAAAGGAAAAAGUUGAACAAGAUAAAGAAGAAAAGGCCGAAACCGGAUCUUCAUGAGUUUCAGGCACAUGAGGCUGAUGUUGAGGAAGAAGAUGUUGAAGAAGAGAUGGAUGCUGACGAUGAGAUAGGCAAGUUGAAGGAAAGCGAUCCCGAGUUCUACAAAUUUCUUCAAGAACAAGAUGCUGAUCUUCUUGAAUUCCAUGCUUCCGACGAGGAGGACGAGGAGACUGAGGAUCACUUUGAAGAUGGAGAAGAUGAAGAUUUUUUGGAAGGAAAGAAUGAACAGCGGCAAGUUUCCACUGAUACAACGGAGCGUGUGCCCAAGGCGAAAAAGGACAGUAGCGGACGAUUGAUUUUCGAUGGUCGAAUGCUAGACUAUUUACAAAGUGUGCUUGAUCCAGAAGACCCGAAGCAUCGCAUCCAAGUGGAGGAUGUACGAUUUGCGGUUGAGGCGUUUAAUGCGUGUGUUUCUCGCGUCGGUGCUGACAUGGACUUACCGAAGUAUAUCAUUAACGAGCAGGGUGUUUUCUACGAGACGGUUCGACUGUGUUUCGAGAAGCUCGGAGAUGCUUUUACCACUCUGAUUACCGGAUCGGUACAUGUGAAAGUAGAGGACCAGGAUUCAGAAGAGGCCAAACAUCUGAAAUUGAAACAUAUCAAGAAGUAUCAGACUCCGUUAAAACAAUAUCUUUCCAGCAUUUUGAAGUUUGCUAACGAGGUUCAAACUCCUGACGUCAUUACUUCAACGCUCAAAGCGAUACGACGAAUGGUAGAUCUCUUCGCUCAUUUCAAGAAAAUUACAAAAAGUUUGUUCAAGGUUUUAGUUCGAAUAUGGUCUAGAAAAACGUUGGACUGCCGUGUAGGAGCGUACGUGUGCAUGAUGCAGCUUGUGAAAUCUCAUCCAGAACAUUUCGUCAGCUUAUAUAAGAGCUGUUAUCUUGGUUUUGUUACAAAUUCCCGUGACGUCACAGCUGAGACCUGGCCUCUUCUUCAUUUUAUGCACAGGUUAGCUUAA